UUAGUGCACGAAAAUCACAGUAGUUGAAUCGUGGGUAAUUCCAUCUCCCAUCCACCGGGCUUAUAAAUACAGGAGAUCGAGAGCGCGUAAAAACUGAAAGUUAUAUAGUUGGGGUACUCAAGGCCUUUGAUGGUUUUGUAGACUGUCGCUCAUUUGUGACUUGAACAUUGGAAAGAUCGGUCGAAGCGAGAUGGGUCACCAGGAAGUGCAAGAAUAUUUCGAUUUCGUCCUACCUUUGGUGAAGGAAUCGGGAAAGGUAAUCCUCGAAGCCAACGACUACGAAAUCGAAACCAAGGAAGAAAUCUACGACAUCGUCACCAUCUACGACCGCAAAGUCGAAGACAUACUCAUCAAAGCAAUCAAGACCAAAUACCCCACCCACAAAUUCAUAGGCGAGGAGGAAUCUUCAGCCAAGAAUUACAUAUCGGAGUUGACCGAUGACCCAACGUGGAUCAUCGACCCCAUCGAUGGUACAGCGAAUUUCGUGCGAAGUUUCCCGAUCACGUGCAUCUCAAUCGGGCUUACCAUCAAAAAGGAGCAAGUGAUGGGCAUAAUUUACAACCCUUUCAUGGAGGAAUUGUACACGGCGAUCAAGGGUCAAGGGGCGUUCCUGAACGGGAAGAGACUUCAAACCAGCAAACAGACAAAUAUCCAGAAGUGUGUCCUCAACUAUGAGUUGUCCCUCGCCAGGAAUGACAAACUCCGGGAAAUGUACCUGUACAGGUUUUCUCAUUUGAUAUCGGCGAUUAUGGGGAUUCGUUCGAUGGGUUCAGCUGCAAUGGGUCUUUGUUACGUCGCCCGAGGGUCGAUGGAUGCCUACCAAUGCGAUGGGUUGUACCCAUGGGAUGCCGCUGCUGGGGUUCUAAUAGUACGAGAAGCCGGUGGAGCGGUCAGUGAUUCCACAGCUGGGAAAGAGUUCGACCUCAUGAACCCUAAUUUCAUAGCAGCGGCUUCAAAAAGACUUCUAGAUCAGCUGUUAGCAGUCGAGAAGCAAGCCGAUGACGAAAGAUUAGCCGCCCUACUAGUUAAGAAGGCCAAUGUUGGAUGUAAAUGAGAAUGAGAUAAAGUAAUUAGUCACUAUUAUAUUUAAUGUAUUGUUAAAAAAAAAAAACAAGUAUUGCUUAAUACAUGAUUAUCUAGCAGAAA